AAAAUUAACAUUUUAUUCAUUAUAAGUUUGUGAUUAACGGACACACUAAUUGAAUAGCAAUUUACUGGCUUUUGAUUGGUCAGUAUUUGUAGUCCAGACACGAAUGUCUAUCAUAGGACCAUUGACGUUUUUCACACGGAUAAAUUUAUUUCCAUGCUUGUGUAGCUAAACUUAUUUCUCGGAUUUUUAUUCGCAUACAUCUCCAAGUAUUCUAAAGUGGUUGAAGAAUGAAAAGUGGCUUGGAAUAUUUUGGGAUCUUUUUGUACAUUAUGGUGAAUAUUCUGAGUAAACACCAAUAUCAAGCAGUGCGUUGUUACGUAUGUGACUAUUGUCCGAUGGUAACGAGUGAAUCAAUAACAAAUUACAACAAUUGUUCAUCUUGCGUGAUGGGUGGUAGUGGUUUCGGAAUUCACAGAAUAUGUGUGUUUGAUGGUAAGAUACCCAUUAACUUCCCAAACGAAAAUCGAGAGACUUGUUCCAAUGAAUUGUGUAAUGGGAAAACAGUUGAUAACACUGCACAACGUCCACUAGGGCCUAUAGCAAAACCAAUCAGUUGCUACACUUGUUUGAAUUGUACAAAAGGUAACCAAAAUGUUAUUGACGGUUGUGGUGGAUGUGUGACAACUCAUGGUUCUGGGGUUACUAGUAAAUUUUGUGGACCUACAUGUGAUAAAUUGGUACAUGCGUAUACAGUCGGUUGUUGCUCAACAGAUAAAUGUAAUGGAAUGACAAAAUUAUCUAUUCAUCGUCAUGUUAUUGUUGUUCUGUUUGUUUGCAUGGGAAUCAGUAAAUACAUUCUCUGAAUGACUAAGUCCAUAAUCUUCACUGAUUUAUGUAAUUGCUUCUAAUUUAUAUAUAUUUUGGUCAUUUUAAUUGAAAUGUAUUCAUUAAUUAACACCCUAACUUCUUGCAUAUACAUUCACACCAUUAAUUUAUUGCUUUUUGAAAUAGUUCACUAUUUACUACAUUUAUCGUAAUAUUUGUAAUAAAUUUCUAUUUUGAACGUAAAUCUACUUGUUCUAGAGAAUAACAGUUAGCUGAGGUAAAUUUCAAGAAAACUAAUUUGUAAUUGAAUAUAUGAUAAGAUUCGAUCUGCACUAAGAAGGAGCUGACAUACAUAACAUUGUUCACCACACACACGGCCCGGAUAGCUCAAUGGUAACGUAUCUGACUGUGAAGCUGAGUGACACGGGAUUGAAUCCGUCAGGGGUCAUCAGUUCCCACAAGAUUACAAGUACACCUUGCUGACGAGUGCCAAGUAGCAC